AAGUACCUAGGUAUGAUUAAUACGGCACUCAUAAGAGGGCGAAGCGUUGCUGUACAACCACAUCUACCAAAUUAACAAUAUAUAUUGUAUGCGACGAGAACCUUCAGCCAAUAUAUUAUACAUUAACCCGCCAAGAUUAUCUAAGCCAACAGUCCUCAGGUGGGGAUCAACUGAUAACCACUCCCCCACUUUAUCUAUAUAGUAUUCCUCUCUUGUUUGAUGAGAUCAGAUCUUUCCUUUGCACUGCUUGAGUACAGUUACAAAGCUUUUCGAUUGAGCCUUCAAAACGGGAAGUCCUUUUAGAAACCCUUCAUCAUGGUUUCUAUAUCUACUGUGGCGUUUGCAGGUAUUUUGAUUGGUCUCAUAUGGAGAUUCAUCAUCUAUCCUGCAUUUCUUUCCCCUUUGGCAGAGAUCCCAAACGCACACUGGUCUUCUCCAUUUUCUUCUACUUGGAUCCUGUUUCAGAGAUUUCGUUGUCGAGAAAAUAGGACUGUUCAUGCAUUGCAUAGACAACUUGGUCCUUUGAUUCGAUUAGGUCCCAAUGAACUCUCUAUUAAUGAUGUUGAGGGUCUUCGACUUGUAUAUGGAGGUGGGUUUGAAAAGGGAGAGUGGUACUCUAUCUUUGACAACUACGGGUAAUUUUUUCCCCAAAAGUUUUCUGGAAAAUUCUCUAACCACGUGGUAGUGUCCCAUGUAUGUUCUCAACACUGCCCUCGAAGAAUCAUUCCUCCCGAAAGAGAAUGAUUUCAAAUACCUACUCGAAAUCCACACUCCAAUCGUCUCCAGCAUUGGCUGAGCAGGCAAGGGUCAUUCUCUUUGAGCGCCUCCUACCUACUAUUUCAAACUUGGCUUCAUCUUCUCCAAGUCCUUAUGGGGUUGAUGUUUACGAUUUAUUUAACGGCACUACUAUGGAUUUUAUCUCUUCAUAUCUAUUCGGACUUAAGAAUGGCGCCAACUUUAUUAAAGAUGUCUCAUACAGAAGACAUUGGCUACGACUCUACCAAGGACGCCAUCGUUACACUUUCUAUGCACAAGAACUUCCCCGUCUUACUCGAUUCCUCAAUACUUAUAUCUAUCGCAUCGUCCCCUCAUUCGUUGAUUCUGCCAAUGAAGAACUAGAGGAAUGGUGCCAACAUCGCUGUGAGGCUACAGCCAAAUUUAUUAAGGAGGGAGGAACAUGGGAUACUGAGCCUGGUAAUGAACCAGUAGUUUACAAUGCCAUGAUAACCGGUAUUGAGAAAGAAAGUAAAAUACGCGGCGCCGACUCAGUCCUUAAAGAAGAGACGCUCAAAUUUCCAGAUCGUAGUAUCUGCAGUGAAAUGAUUGAUCACCUUGCCGCCGGUCACGAAACGGCAGGUAUUACGGUUACAUAUCUGGCAUGGCACUUAUCCAUUGAUCCCAUGCUCCAGAAAUCUUUAAGAGAUGAACUCCUCACUCUUUCACCCAACAUGCUUUUCUCUUCAACAACUACAUCAUCCCAAGUUCCAACAAUUCCAGAUCGUAAAGAUCUCGAUGCUCUUCCCAUACUUCACGCAGUCCUAAUGGAGACGCUCCGUCUCCGCGCCGCUAUACCGGGUGGUCUUCCUCGCAUGACUCCAUAUCCUAGCUGCAAUAUUGGUCCUUAUAAGAAUAUUCCCGGUGGUGUUAGAAUCGGCGCACAGGCUCAUAGUGUCCACCGUAACGAACAAGUUUUUCCCGAACCGGAAAGAUUCGAUUACAUGCGAUGGAUGGAAGGAAAUGGUAUGACGGAGGAACAAAAACGGGAAAGGGAUAGGACUUUUUGGGCUUUUAGUAGUGGAGGGAGAAUGUGUAUUGGUAGUAAUUUUGCUAUGCUCGGUAGGUUUUUUUCUUUGCAUUCUGCGCUUCUUUUUUACUAGCUUUUCCGCUUCCUUGAUUUUCUUUCUGUUUCUUCUCUUUCUCAUUCCCAUCUUGACGGAAUAUAACUACUAACAACUAUCCAGAAAUCAAACUUAUAGUAGCAGCCAUCUACACCAACUUUACCACUCUAGUCAUAAACGACGAUGGAGUUGAUCAAAUGGAUGGAUAUACCUGCGGACCAUCUGCUGGUAAACUUCAUCUUCGAUUCGAACAUGCUCCGCUUGUAUCUGUAGCUGAGAAAAGAUAUUUUAACGAAGGGUAGGUAUAUAAGAUAUACCAGUGCGCAGGAUAGUGAAUAUAAAUUUAUAUCUCAGGCGUUGGAUUUGAUUAAGUCGUUCGAAGCGAGACUCUCUACUAUUUUAAAUAUCUAUGUCUAUUUAAACAUUUUAAACAAUAUAUAUUCCAUGAUUUU